AUGCGGCUUUAUGUGGAAGAUCUGGUUACCAGCGCGACGGAUCCCGCUAAAACCGGACUUGUUGCUGACGUGGCAGGCAACGUGGACAGCGACGAUGACGACGAGGAUGACGCGGAUUCGUUGGAAGACGGAUAUGCCAGGAUUUGCUGGCUCGGAUCGGAGGAACCUUCUGAGGAACGAAUCGAGGAUCUUAAAAUUAUAGACCGUUGUUUCUUACACGGAGACGUCGUGGCGCGCGCGGACGAUCCGCUGGGGCAAACCGGGACCGUGACAGCUGUCGAGCUGCUAUUGGAUCUCGAGCUCGCGUCGGGGGAGAUUCUGAAAGACGUGGAUUCCAGGCGAUUGGUUCCGAUCCGAUCCGUGAAACCCGGGGGGUUUGUCGUUUACCACGACUGGGUGGGGAGGGUUGGCGACAUAUUGGAUAACCUCGUUUUGGUUUUCGACGACGGGGCGAAAUGUCGGGUUACCAAAGUCAGUCCGGACGAUUUGUUUCCGGUUAGACCGUCUGCGACGGACGACGAGGAGAGCAUUCUUUUCUGGCCCGGGCAGCGCGUGCGCGCGAGUUACGCGAGCAUCUUCCGCCGCGCCCAAUGGCUGAAGGGCACGUGGAAGCAGUCGCGCAUGGAAGCCACGGUGGCAGUCGUCGAACCCGGAACGGCCCUCGUUCAGUGGAUCACGGGGAGACAGCUCAGCAGCGGCGGCGGCGGAAGCGGCGGAGGCGGGAGUGGUGGCGGGGAUGGCGGCAGGGAUAGCGGCUCGGUUGAGGGGGAAGAGACCGGGGGGAAUGGGGAUGGGGAGAGCAACGGCAACGGCAGCAGCGGCAAGAAGGGAAGCACGGGGAAAGGGGAGAAGAAUACGGGGGGCGCGGGGGGAACGAAAGGGCCGCCGCCAGACGAGGUAAGCGCGGCGGCUGUGCGCGCGCUGGUGCAUUUUAACUACGUCAACUGGCAGGGGAAGGGGGCGGGGGGAGGAGGGGGCGGAGAGGAAUCAGGGGGAGAGAGGGGAGGGGAGGGGGGAGUAGGACGGGAUCAGGGACGGGAUGAGAAGAGGGACGGAGAGAGGGAAGAGGAAGAGGGAGCAGGAGCGGGAGAGGCAGGGGAGAGGGAUCCGCUUAUUGGCUCUGGUGGAGGGCCGUGGGGCCGAGUUGGGUAUGUGAAAACGGUGGAUUAUAAGCAGCGCACUGCCAUUGUGGCCUGGGCUAGGGUUAACGGGGGAAGCACGGCAGGAGAUUUGGGGGAAAAUGGGAAGGAUGGGGAUGGAGGGGCGGGGAGAAGGGAGGGUGGGUGUGCGGUGGGGUGGGGUGGGGUUGUGGAGUUUCAGGAGGAGUUGGCUGCGGUGUAUGAGUUGGCUGAGCAUCCAGACUGGAAUUUUAGGCUUGGGGAUGUUGUUGUGAGGCUGGAGGCAGAAGGAGGAGGAGAGACAGGAGGCGGGGCAGGAGGGGAGACAGGGAGGGCGGCAGAGGAAAAGGCAGGGGAGGAGGCAGGAAAGGAAAAGGGAGAGGAGAAGGAAGGAGCAGGAGCGAAAAGGGUGGACGAUAAGGGAGGGGAAGGUGGGAAGGGGGAGGAGGAGGAACGAGGGGAAAGGAAUGGUGGGACGGUUGCAGACAGAGAGGGGAAGGGAGGGGAGAGGAAAGGGAAGGAAGGAGUAGAGGAGGGGAGUGAAGUGAGAGGGGAUGAUGUAGCAGAGAAGGAGGAGAAGGAGGAGGAGGAGAAGGAGGAAGAGGAAGAGGAGGAAGAAGAAGAGGAGGAGGAAGGGGAAGAGGAGGAGGGAGCAGAUGAUCGGGAGGAGGGAGAUGAGGGAGAGGAGGGAGAGGAGGGGGACGUGGGUGGGGGGAGCGUGGAUGCAUCAUGGGUGGGUGAGAUUGCUGCCAUGCGUGACGGGCUGCUGACCGUUGCAUGGGCUGAUGGCUCCAUGUCCCAGGUGCGUCCCAGUGGGUUACCACGCAUGGCUUCACUGCCAUGCGCCAUAUGA